GACAGAUAUUUUGCAAUGUGAUGUCACACAGACCAAAGGAACAUCAACAAAGUAUGGAUUUGUAAAAAGUCAAAAGAAAAGGCCCAGUAUACUUGAUUGUGGACGAAAGAACAAAACUCAUCCAUCAAUACAAACAGAAGAAGAAAGACAAGAAAAUAAGUGGCUGAUGUGGGUGGAGAAGCAAUUCAAUGAUAUUGCCGGUGAGGAUGGGGAAAUUGAUUUAGAGGAAUUCAAGGCAGCUCUAAAAAUAAAACGGUCGUUUUUUGCUGAGCGGUUCUUCAAUUUGUUUGACGAGGAUGACAGCGGUACAAUUGAUAUAUCGGAGCUCAUGUGCGGAUUGGAUAAACUCAUAAAUGGGACAGCCACCGACAAACUUAAGUUUCUAUUUGAUGUCUACGAUGUUGAUGGAAGUGGGACGAUAGAACUGGGGGAAUUGAAGACAGUGUUACGGUCCUGUAUGGAGGAGAGCUCAAUUACACUCAGUGAAGACGAUUUAACUGAGCUCACCAAGGCACUGUUUCAUAGCGCGGAUGAAGAUAACAGUGGCGAAAUUUCAUUUGACGAACUGAAAGUGGAAUUAGAGAAACAUCCAGGAGUCUUGGAAAAUCUUACUAUGAGUGCUGCAAAUUGGCUCAGACCCCCAGAGAUCAAAACAGCAAAACCAAAAUAUGCCCCGAGAUAUCUUACACAAAGCUAUAUCAUGAACAACAAACGCAAAGUUGGGUUUGUCGCCUUCUACAUCCUCAUUAACAUUGCACUUUUUCUUGUCUCUGCGAUCAGAUAUAGAGCAGAAAAUUGGUUCGUUAUCAUCGCACGUGGUUCUGGGAUGGACUUAAACUUUAACUGUAUGUUUGUACUGGUGUUAAUGCUUCGGAAAUGUCUGACAUGGCUACGGUCAACAACCUUGGCACAAUUUCUUCCACUCGAUCAGUCCAUUAUGUUCCACAAGAUGGUCGGCAUUGUAAUUGCAGUUCAGAGCUUGGUACACACUGUUUGUCACCUUGGCAAUUUAGCGUUGGUUGUAGCAAACGUGAACAGUUUUACGUAUAUGGAAUACUUAUUCACCACAAAACCAGCGAUUGGUUGGAUUGCUGGGUUAGCUCCACUGUCAGGGGUAGCGCUUGAUCUCGUCCUUAUUAUAAUGCUCAUCUGUUCCAUGCCCUUUGUAAGACGCGGAGGACACUUCCAGGUAUUCUAUUGGACCCACUUGUUAUACGUCAUAUUUUGGGCGCUCCUGGUGAUCCAUGGACCAAUCUUUUGCUACUGGUUUGCCUUGCCAGGAGUCAUAUUCAUCAUAGAGAAGAUUUCUAGCUCAAAGUUCGUGAAAUUGGCCCACUAUGGGGAGACAUAUAUUAAAGAAGUCAACCUCCUUCCUUCAAAGGUCACACAUCUCAUCAUAUCAAGACCAGAUAAUUUUCGUUUCAAAGCAGGGGACUACAUUUUCAUCAACAUCCCCGCACUUGCAGAAUAUGAAUGGCAUCCAUUUACAAUAAGCAGUGCACCAGAAUUACGCAGUGAAAUAUGGGUCCACGUGCGAUCUGUAGGUCACUGGACGGGAAAACUGAAUGAAUUCUUCGAAAAAUAUGAAGAUUACGAACACGCACGGAUUCAGAAGAAAAAUACCAAGGUUCGACAUUGCUGUUGCCCAAUAUAUACAAGUGAUGGUGGUCAUAGUAAGGAUGGCAAAUGUGCAGAUGCCAUUGAUAAUAAGUUUGAAAUACCAGUUAUUACUAUAGCUGGAGAAAAACAUAAGGAUAGAAAACAUACAAGUUCAUCGAAUCCCAAGCAGGAAGAGCACAUAGUGAACAGGAACGAGGAGGUAGCAAAUAGUAAAUUAACCAAUGUCAAGAUCUACAUAGAUGGCCCAUAUGGUACGGCCACCCGAGAGAUCUUUGAAUCAGAUCAUGCCGUUCUUAUCGGGGCUGGAAUAGGGGUCACUCCAUUCGCCUCCAUUCUGCAGAGCAUUAUGCACCGCCACAAGCCAGCCAGACUUAAAUGUCCAAAUUGCAGUCACACGUGGUUUAAUGACACUGCAACAUCGACAAUGAAUCUCAAGAAGGUUGAUUUCGUGUGGAUCAAUCGGGAACAGAAGUCAUUUGAAUGGUUUGUAUCUCUGUUGACCAAACUAGAGCUGGAGCAGGCAGAGGGGGGAUCGUUUGGCAAUUUCCUAGAUAUGCACAUGUAUAUGACGUCAGCACUGAAGAAGACAGACAUGAAGGGUAUCGGUCUCCAGAUGGCGUUGGAGAUCAUACAUAAAAAAGAGAAACGCGAUAUGUUGACAGGAUUGAAAACUAGAACGCAAGCCGGUCGACCGAACUGGGAAGAGCUAUUCUCAAAAAUUUCGCAAGAGAAUAAAGGAAAGGUGAAGGUUUUCUUCUGUGGAUCACCAGCAUUGGCUAAGACGUUGAAACAGAUUUGCCAGAAAUUCAAAUUUGAUUUCCUCAAGGAGAAUUUCUAAACUUGCACUUCUGAAAGAUAUAACCAUGUGGUUUUUGUGCAUGGAAUACAAUCAAUUAUAAAUGGGACGUGAUAUGUUCAUGUAGCUAAUGUUUGGUAUCUAAUAUAAUAGACUAAAUGUGCAUAAAAUACUCUUAAUUUACGCCCAUCACCUGGUACAAAACCAAUAGUGUACCAAUGAACGGAGGAAAAAAAGAAGAAGUUUAUUUUGCAAUCUGAUUGGUCCAUGUGACUUAAAUAUAUCCUGUAUUUACACACA